AUGAGUGAGGAAACCGGCCUCGAGUUCGGCGCGCUCGAUGAGGAGGCCUGGAAGCAACAGGAGGCGGAUGAUGACCAGGCCCUUCAGAGCUUCCUCAACCCUGAUGUCACAAAUCCUACGGGGGGGAGCAGCUUAGGAAGCGAGCUUGAAACCUUCAUGAAGGGCGGUUCUAUCGACCAGAGAGGAAAGGCAGACGAUGCCAUCGACUUUGAAGAUAUCGAUCUGAGCGACGAUGACCUCCCCGACGAAGAAGAGAAUGCUGGCGGAGCAUCUGGUGAGCUGCCCGGUUUGACCGACGAUGGGGGUACGAGCAACGACACCGAUGACCUCUUUGGCGAUCUUCAGCCCUCGUCUCCCCUGGACGAUACCCAGGCUGGCCUUCGAUCAUCCCCUCAGCCCCUCGACGCCGAUACCGAUGGUGCGCGCCUGUCCCCUCCCGGCAGCGAGACUAUCGAAGAACUUCGAGAGCUCAAUUUCAAUUUCGACCACGAUACCGAGUCCCGGGAUGCCGCAAAUCAGGACCCGGACAUACCGGCUCCACCAGAAUCGGAAGAACUCCUUGUGAAGUUGCAGUGGCCUGGGUUCGAGAAGGGCGUCAUCCUGAACUGGAACGAGCUUCUGCGACCUAAGCAAGCGACAUGGAUCUCCAAAAAGCCCCUCAAGAUACCGAAGCCGCUCAUUCCAACCAAGCUUGGUUUGGAACUCGAUGCCGACCAAGAGAAACUCUUUAGGAUUCCUGGCACCGCAACCGCAUCCGUUUGGCAGAAGAUUAAGGAUGCCGAAGCCAGGGGUCUUGUCUGUUGCGAAGAGCCAGAGCCCGUGGAGCAAACAGAUCUGGACAUAUUCGACAUUGAUGGCGAAUCGGACUCUGAGGCCAUCGGCGGUUUUACGUUGAGAGAUAUCGCGACUUUGUGCGACGACUGGGAGACUAUGAUCAACCUGGGUGACUCUGCCCUUGUCCAGGCUUCCCAGACUUCCGGCGACAAGCGGCCCCUUAAGGAUGGGCCCGAUGAUGAAGCGCUGUGGGACGAGAUGUUCCUUGACCAGCCCGACGCAAAGAAGAGGAGGAUCGAGCCACCCAGCGGGCUACCCGAGAUUCCCCGGUUCACAGCGCCCAAUUUUGACAACUUCCUCGAGGCAACCGCCAAGCUUAGCAAACGCGUCAUCCUCGAUAGGAAUGACCCAUAUCUCCUAAUCGACGACGUGGAGUCGGAUCGAGCUUCGAAGCGGCGAAAGGUACAGAACAACAUGAUACGAAUGGCAAACGGUCGACUGGUUCCGGAUGUGAGUGAACGUUUCAACCACUCGUCCGAUCUCGCAUACGAGGCGUUGAAGGAAAACCACUCGAACAAGAUCCGAGCUUCGACGUCGUACAUCCCCGUGGAUCACAGCGUGCCCGCCCAGAGGCUCCAAUGGCCCUACUACAAGGUCAGACUGGCUGCUAGCGACCCUCACAGUUAUCACCGCCCGCAACUACAGACGCGCAAGGUGGCCUUCUCAACCAUACGAUUCGGCAAGCCCAAUGUGCUGAGGCGAAGGGCAGUAAAGGGAAAGAAGAUCAAGCAAAUCUUUAAAGAGUCGAAAGAUAUUUCGAUGAACGAUAACUCGACCGCGGUGCUGUUCGAAUACUGCGAGGAGAUCCCGACCGUGCUGUCUAACUUUGGGAUGGGUAGCAAGAUCAUCAACUACUACCGGCGAAGCAAGGGUUCGGAAGGCCGGCCGGAGAAGCGGGAGCUUGGCGAGCCCUACAUCCUGCUACCAGAAGAUCGCUCCCCCUUUGCGAUCUUCGGCCAAGUCCACCCAGGCGAAGUGGUGCCCGCGUUCUAUAAUCAAAUGUAUCGCGCUCCCAUAUUCAAACACAAUCCCAGAAACACAGACUUCCUAGUUGGCCGCAGUACCAGCGGCCUAGGGGGUUCGACGUGGUACAUUCGGAAUAUUGACCAUCUCUACGUCGUUGGACAGAAUAUGCCUUCGAUGGAAGUGCCUGGGCCUCACUCGAGGAGGGUGACAAACAUUGCCAAGAACCGUCUCAAGAUGGUGUCCUACCGCCUUCUGCGUAAGAGCGACCACGUCACCCUCCACGACAUCACUCGGCACGUUGCCGAGUCCAACGAGUCGCAAAAUCGGCAGAAGUUGAAGGAAUUCCUGCGCUUCCGCAAGGAUACGAAGGACUGGGCGCUCCCAGAAGGCGAGGAGAUGAUGCCAGAGCCCGAAAUCCGAUCUCUUGUCAAGCCAGAAGAAGUGUGCCUGCUCGACGCCAUGCAGGUCGGUGCACACGAGCUCGAGAACGGUGGCUACGAAGCAACGGGAGAACAAAUAAGAGACGAGGAUCCCGACCCGAACGUGGACGAUGCCCCGACAGAUUCCAUCGCAAGCAAGAUGGCGCCGUGGAAAACGACGAGAGCGUUUAUCGAUGCAAGCUAUAGCAAGGCAAUGCUUGCGGUACACGGAGCAGGGGACCCCACUGGGAGGGGCCUUGGGAUCAGCUUCCUGAGGACAUCCAUGAAGGGCGGCUUCCUCGAACAGCUACACGGACCCCUAGCGACCUCGGCCGAUGCCAUCGAGCGUCAACGCAAGGCGAAUGGUGGCCAUAUGUACAACGUUAAGAACCAGGACCAACUCUAUACUGAGGCGAUUACGGAUAUCUGGAACCGGCAGCGGGAAAGCCUCGAGGACAGCAAGGAACACGAGGACGAGGACAUCCAACCUCAAGAGGACGAGGACGAGCGAUUCAACGUCCCCAAGGAUCUUGCUGCUGCUCCUUCUCAACCCGAAGGCAUGAGCCAGAUCAGUCGGAGUGCCGCUAGCGCCAUGAGCCGACGGAAGUUACACAUCGUUCGCGAGGUGCAGCGGCCCGAUGGCAGAACCGAAACCGUGACCGAGAUCGUCCACGACCCUGUGGUCAUCGCACAGUAUAUCAAGAAGAGGAGGCAGAUGGACAUCGAUGAGAUCGACAUCUACAACGCCAAAUUGACAGGCGAUGCCGAGAAAGACCGGCUCCUUCUGGAAAUGGCGGAGAAGGAGAAAGAACGUCUCGAGAAGAACAAAGAACGACGGCACAAGCGCGAGAAGCAGAAGAAGAUGCUGCAGAAACGCAGCGGUGUGGACGCCGGCCGCGCCGACGGAGAAGGCUCCCCCGAGCCUACAACGGAGAAGGGCACGGGCACGACGCGCAAAUGCGCAAACUGCGGCCAGGUGGGCCACAUCAAGACCAACAAAAAGUGCGACACAAUGACAUGUGAUUUCUACGAUCCUUCUGCUUGGGCACUAGAGGACUUCGGGGAAGAGGAGGCGAGAUAG